AUUUUUAUAUGAAGCUUUGUAAUAUGUCAAACAAUAACACACUUAUAAACAUGACGGGUUAGUAUCGGAAUACUUGAUAUGAUUAGCUAAAAAUAUCAUAUCUAAUACAAAUUCAAAAUGAUAUGAUAUGAAAACAACACUCACCCCUAACCAAACUUGUUAUUAAUGAGGGACAACACUAGCAAGCAAAAAGAAAUGUAAAAAUCAUUUCUCAAGAUCAAUGACACCUAGCCCUUUCUAUCCUUUCUAUGAAAGCAUCUGACUAACCAAACCAAUUCACAUGACACCAUCAAAGUCUAAGCAGCUAGGCCCUUCUGGCUUAACAUUAACAUCAUCAAGGGCAACUUUGUCUUCUGACGAAAUAAAAGCAAGUCUUUGAUCAUCCCAUGCUUCCUCUAUAUAUUUAAAAGCCAUGUUGCUCUCUCUCUCUCUCUAGCAAGGGAAUAAUGCUAAACCAUCAAACUUGUACAUACAAUGGCUAUCAAUCUCACUCCAAUUAUCUCCACCAAGAGUCAACCUCCCUGAAUUCCCAGCCAAGCCUCCCAUCAAUCCCUUCCCUCACCUCACAAUCCAAUCACCAAAACAACCACCAUCCCAUCACCGCCCACCACCACUGCAUCGCCACUCUUAAAGGCCACACUUCCUACAUAUCCUCCCUUGCCCUUGCCGGAAAAUUCCUCUACACCGGCUCUUCUGACAAAGAAAUCCGAUUGUGGAAACGCGACACUCUAACCUCCAAAUUCAAUCAUGAAAACCUAACCGACCACAAGGUAGCCUCUGGAAAGGGUGCCGUGAAGUCCCUAAUGGUUUUAGCAGACAAACUUUUCAGCGCUCACCAAGACCACAAAAUCCGUGUAUGGAAAAUCGAUAGCCAUGAAGGAGAUCACCAUAAGUUCACGCACGUAGCCACGCUCCCUACGCUCAGCGACCGUGCCCUUAAAUUCCUAAUACCCAAAAACCACGUACAAAUUCGACGCCACAAGAAAUGCACAUGGGUCCAUCACGUAGACACUGUAUCCGCACUAGCCCUCUCACAGGACAAUUCUCUCCUCUACUCAGUUUCGUGGGAUCGGACACUCAAAAUUUGGCAAACAACCGACUUUAAAUGCUUGGAGUCAAUACAAAAUGCGCACAACGACGCUAUAAACGCUGUGGCAUUAUCUAACGAUGGACACAUUUAUACCGGAUCAGCAGACAAAACAAUCAAAGUGUGGAGGAAAAGCUCCGGAGAAACGAAGCAUACUCUAGUUGCCACGCUAGAUAAACAUAACUCAGGAGUCAAUGCACUAGCUCUGGGCACAGAUGGGUCGGUGUUGUACUCCGGUGCAUGUGACAGGUCGAUCGUGGUUUGGGAAAAGAACAGUGCCGGUAACAUGGUAGUCAUGGGUGCGUUAUGCGGGCACACUAAGUCUAUAUUGUGCCUAACUGUUGUGUCUGAUAUGGUUUGUAGUGGUUCAGCAGCAGAUCAAACUGUGAGAAUUUGGAGAGGGGUUGAUAGAUGUUACUCUUGCUUGGCAGUCUUAGUGGGACACAAAGGGCCCGUCAAGUGCUUGGCUGCAGCAAGAGAUUGUUAUGAUCCAUCCGUUGAUGCAUCUUCGUACCUACUCUACAGUGGCAGUUUGGACUGUGACAUCAAGGUCUGGCAGAUUCUUUUUCUCUCUCUUUAGGAGGGCUUUCCCUACUUUUUUCUUUCUGAGUUUCAGUAUAAUUAGUUCUAGACCUUUUCUCCUGCUUUUCUUACUUGGAUUGUGAUGUUUGAAACUUUCAAGUGUCCUGUGGGUCAUUAUGAGGUCACUAACUUUUAAUAUUGUCUUUCCAAGAAAAAAAAAAGAAAAGAAAAAGAAGACGAACAUAUUAUAUAAUGCAUUAUGAAUGCUGUUUGGUGGUAGUGCUAAAGAAGAUUCUCUAACUUCAUGGAGUAAAGAAAAGAAGGACAGAGCGAAUGGGCAUGGUGGCCCCUCCUUGUCUAGUUUUUCUCAAACAUAAGUCGUAUGUCACCAGAUGAAUUUCACUGGUUUAUUUCAUGUCAUACAUUGAUCCAUGCAACAAAUGCCAUGUGUACAUGUAGCACUCGCCAUAUUUAAAUUUUUUUUAGAAAAAGGCAAGGCUUCUCGAAUCAAAAUCCGCUCCUUGAUUUCUCUCAUUGACUUCCUACUUAUUGGGGUAUUGGGUCCACUUUUGGUCC